CCCAGUGGAAGCUCCUGCUGAGGAAGCACCAGCUCCUGCUCAGGAAGAACCACUGCAGGAAGAACCGGCACCUCCAGCACCAUCUCCUCCUCAGGAUGAACCACCGAAGGAAGAACCGGCACCUCCAGCACCAGCUCCUCCUCAGGAUGAACCACCGAAGGAAGUCACAGCGGAUGCUGAAGAAGAUGAGGCAAAGCCCAAACCUAAGGCGUUUAUGCCGAAUAUCUCAGCGCCCAAAAUGCCUGAGGGAGAUAAAGUGGAUUUUGAUGAUAUCCACCGGAAGCGCAUGGAGAAGGACCUGAACGAGCUGCAGUCUCUCAUCGAGGCUCACUUCAUACAGAGGAAGAAGGAGGAAGAGGAGCUGCUCGCUCUCAUUGGACGAAUCGAGAAGCGCAGGACUGAGAGAGCGGAGCAGCAAAGAAUCAGAGCUGACAAGGAGAAGGAGAGACAGAUGAGAGUCGCGGACGAGAAGGUGAGGAAGGAGGAAGAGGAACAAAGGAAAAAGUACGACGACGAUGCCAAAAAGAAAAAAGCGCUCUCCAACAUCUCUUUCCAGUAUGGAGGCUACCUUCAGAAGGCUGAAGGGCGACGGGGAGCCAAGAAGCAGACCGAAAGAGAGAAGAAGAAGAAGAUUCUGGCUGACAGACACAAAGUGCUGCAUAUUGAAAACCUGAAUGAAGAUAAGCUCAAGGAGAAGGCUACUGAACUGUGGCAAUGGCAAAUGCAGCUGGAAGCUGAGAAGUUUGAUCUCAACGAUAAAAUGAAAAGGCAGAAGUAUGAUAUCAACCAAUUGCAAGCCCGCAUCAAUGACCAGAUGGGCAAGUUCAGCACCAAAGGGCCCCGCGGAGGGAAAGGCAAGGUGUCUGGACGCUGGAAGUAACCCCUCUUACCUGGCAUUCCGGGGGUCCUGUCUGUGUGCCGUCUGCAGCAAUAAGGAACACCAAAGGGGGAAAGGCUCCAGAAACCACAACAUUUUUUUUUAUGUACAAAGGAAAAAGAAUAGAAAAACACACACACACAUAUAUAUAUAUAUAUAUAUAUAUAUAUAUAUAUAUAUAUAUAUAUAUAUAUACUACAGCAGUCCAGUUUUUGUGCAUUUGCACAUGCCUUAUGGGAUUUCCUUGUACACCCUUUGCUUAGACAAUCUUCUGCUUUAAACAAUUGCUUUCCCAUACAAGAGAAAAUAAAUGUAAACUGCACAAUUAGAAUAAAGAAUAAUUUGCCUGGCUGCCAGAA